GAUCACACCAACCUUAGAUGACACCGAAUAUUCGAACGCAUCCGCAGAGCCACUUGCAGAAGCGCGAGCGAGGCGCUGCUAACGUUGGGCGCUGCGGCGCUGCGGGCGCUGCACUUGCACGUUUUCCUCUGCAUAGAGAGGGCAUCGUUGUCGCGCGCUCUUUGCCAUCUUGUCCCGCCCGUGAUAGUUUGCCUUUAGUUUUGUUUUUAGCGCAGUGCCUCUGACUGCUGUCGUGAGUCCGCUUCGCUUUGUUAAUUAACAGCUGUCAACUUUACGCCUGAUCAUUGAACCCACGUAGCGGCAGAGUCAGCGGCUUCAGCAGGCGCCACCGACGUAGAUGUGGUUAACGGGCUGCUCGCCUCGCUGAAGAAACAUGCCUCCGAAAUCGCGGAAGAUCGCUAUUAUGGGAUUCCGAUCUGUCGGAAAAUCGUCACUGACUAUCCAGUUUGUGGAGAACCAGUUCGUGGAUUCAUACGACCCCACCAUUGAAAAUACUUUCCACAAGACCAUGAAAGUCAAGGGGCAGGAAUAUCAGCUGAAGCUUGUCGACACUGCAGGGCAGGACGAGUACUCUAUAUUCCCGCAGUCUUACUCUAUGGACAUCCAUGGAUACGUCCUCGUGUACUCCAUCAACUCCACAAAAAGCUUCGAAGUGGUCAGGGCUCUCUACGAGAAGCUUCUCGACAUGACCGGCAAAGUCCAUGUGCCCAUUGUCCUAGUCGGGAACAAGGUGGACCUAAGGGUCGAAAGGGUGGUAAGCUACGAGGAGGGGAGGCAAGCUGCUGACUACAUGAAGGCUGCAUUUUUGGAGGCCUCGGCCAAGCAGAACCAGAGCGUGUUUGAGAUCUUCAGCACCAUGAUUCAGCAGAUCGACUGGGCAGACGGCAACGUACCCGAGAAACAGUCUUGCGUCGUCUCUUAACCCACGCCUCAAGCACGAUAACCGAAGAAAUCUUCCUCUUUCGAAUUCAGUGAGCUAUCGCAGCAAGCGCCGCUUUAUCAAUCUCCAUUCAGCUUGCCCUUUGGCUUGCAUCAGGUCAGCCGGGUUAGGGUUGUCGCAUCACGACCACGCACGAGUGAUUAAACCGGUGCCGCUCCAAAAGCCGUCGGAUACGAGAAAUUCGGCACCCCGUCGGCCGGCACGGCAACCGCUUCGUGCGGCGGCAGUCCGCUCAUAAAAGAAGCGCUGGGCCUAGGCAUCUUUUUUUUAUCGGUUCUCAUUUCUGCCGAAUAGCUCUUGGAGGUGGUCGGCUUUCGACACGCCAUUCACAAUAUUGCUGGUUUGUGGGACUCGCUUCGUUCUGCUGCCGAGGCUUUCUGGGAGGGGAAAGAGAGAUCUGUUUUUAUUCUGGCCCAAGCUUCAGUGUUGCGUCCUCUCCAAGCCUUCAUUUCUCCCAUCGUUUGACGACUCCCUCUAAGAACUGUACUUAUAUGUGCUCCUUCCUCCGCAUUCUCCAGUGUGUAAUAUAUAUGUGUAACGAGAAAGUGACGAGCCCGUCCCCGAAGAGACAGAGGACUACUCGAGCAGCCGACCGGACAGUGUAAAAUACAGACCCGAUUUGCAUAAAUAAAGAAAAAACAUGUACUGCCAAGAUUUGCAGAUUGCAAUAAAACUGUGAUACGUGGUG